GUUAUAAAAGAAAAGUUGAAGUCCACGGUUUGGAGCUCACUCUUCAAAAGAAGGUUUAAGGGGGUGUCUGAUAUGGCAGGAGAAAGUUUGAAGCCGGUUUGAAGUUUGGGGUGAUCUAAGUUGAGCCAGAAUCUCGAAGUCUUACCGUCGUCUGUCGCCCAUUUGCUUGUCUUAACCGGCGGUAGUGAGAAAUCCCCUUUCGAAAUCGCUAAAUCAACUUCAGUAGAAGCUGCCGCAUGUUUUGAGAGCUAAACUACCGCAUGUAAAUAUUGCAUUUCCCGUUUCUAUUUCACCUCAAAUCUGCCCGAACGAACUCGCACGUUUUGAGAACUGAGUCUACUUUAAUUAUUACUCCGUAUUAUUUUUCAAUUCAAGGCAGCUAAAAUGACUAAAUCCAGAGAUGAAUCUCCGGAUUGGCUUCGAUCUUUUCAGGCACCAACUAUAACAGCAUUGUCUUCGGGGUCAGCAUCGCCUUCAAGUGAUUGCCCUCUUAGUGAAGACGAUGAUGAUGAUGAUGGAUUGAGUCUUGGGAAACUGUUUUGUAUAAAUAAAUCCAAUAAAACGGUGACUGAAAACAAUCAAAAUGGUGAUGAUUCAUUAAUCAAGACACCUUCUAUAGAAAAGUUUUCUAGUAAGAAUGAAAGAUUUGCCCAUACACUGGGAAAGAGAAAGAGAGAGAGUCAGCCUGGAAAUGAAGGUGAAGAUGCUGCUGAUAUCAAGUUCUUUUCUAAGAGAAAAACUAAAAAGAUGUCUUUGUCUCCUGAGGAGUCAAAACAUUCAGCUUUGAGAUUAUCAGCUGACUAUGAGUCUUGUCCUGAUACCAGUGCUGUUAGAAAGGAUAAUACCCUUGACAAAGACUUGCAUGCACACAAUGAAGCUCCAGACAUGAAACCUGAAGGAACAAAAGAUCUAGUAUUCCUUGAAAGUGAUGAAGAAUCUACACCCACCAAGAAAUUGAAGCUGCAAUCUCCAACUAAACAAAUGAAAAAAGAAAACUAUUCACCGAAGAAGAAGAAAGCAGUGAUAGCAAAAAAUGAUGAUGUAGGACAUAAAGGCACCAUGGAUGCACAGGAGGAAGAUAUUCCAGAGAAGCGUAGCGGUCCACAAGUUUCAAAUUCAAGCCUCCCUUUGUUACUUCCUGAGAAAGUACAAAGGUUAAAGGCACUUUUAGAGUGUGAUGGUGAUUCCAUAGAUUUGAGUGGUGAUGUGGGUGCGGUUGGACGAGUAGUGAUUUCAGAAGAUCCAUCUGGAAGCAAUGAAAUGCUUUUGGAUCUGAAAGGAACUAUUUACCAAACAACAAUAGUGCCUUCCAGGACAUUCUGUGUGGUAAGCUUUGGUCAAUCUGAAGCAAAGAUUGAAGCCAUCAUGAAUGAUUUCAUCCAAUUGACGCCACAAUCAAAUGUUUAUGAAGCUGAAACAAUGGUCGAAGGAACUCUUGAUGGAUUUUCAUUUGAUUCGGAGGAGGAUGACAGUUUUGCCAAAAAGGCAGGCGAAGACAAACAAAAUGAAACCAUUGAUGAUGAAACAACUGGAAAAACAAAACGAAAAGCUAGAAAAUCAUUUGCGGCUGAACAAAAGAAGGGAAAAGCUGGAGGGAGCAAGCUGCCAAAGAAAGCUUUCAAAGCUCCGACGGCAUCGUUUUCUUAUGGACAUAACGACUUGCCCCUUCUGCAAUCUGAGAGUGCUUUCUGUAGAACUAGAAAGACAUGCGAACAGUCACUUCGAAGAUGAAGAGACCCACCCUGCUCCUCCCCAGGCCAUUGUAUUUCCAACAUCAAGGUCACUCGAGAACAAUUGUUGGGAUUCAAAAGAAAUGCCAGAGAAAUGGCUCAAAGGAAUACAAUCUUUUGAUCUUAGACCCUGGCCAUAGAACCAAGCAUCUUGAAAAAUCUCUUAGAGACAACAAGGGAUGGCAAAGGCUAAUAAAAAGAGGUGUCCACACACUGAAGAAGCCAUUCUACCAGUUGUGUUUUAUUGAUCCCGGAGUUGCUUGUGGGGAAGAGGCCGAACAACUGAAGAUUUUAAGGAGCAUUCGUCAUGAAUUUUAGUUAAAUUCCUGAAAAUAUUUGUGUUUUAUUGAUGUUGGAGUGCCCUGGAUGGACAAUGCUUAUGGACUGCCAC